UUGAACUUGAGUUUCCCUGAGCGCAGGCUCAGCCAUCCAUCCAUCUAUCCAGUGCUUAGGUGAUUGAAACCUUAUUAUAAAAGUUAGCAUUUACACACCGCCCCCAAAGUGCAGUUUUAAGCCUUUAUUAGACUUUUGGAACACCCCGUAGAGCCCUUUAUAAUUUACAAAUGUUGGUCGUAGGAAGGCAGCGCUAGGUGGCUCAGUGGAUAGCAUGUUGGGCCUGGAGUCAGGAAGACCUGCGUUCAAAUCCGCCUCAGUCCCUAGUGGUGUGACCCUGAGUGUCUCUUAACCUAUGUUGGCCUUAAUCUACUGGAGAAAGAAGUGGCAAACCACUCCAGUAUCAUUGCCAAGACAGCCCCGUGCAGGGUCACAGAGUCCAACCCACCGUAGCAACAACAACAAAUUGGAAAAAUUACCUCGUUUGAUCUUUUACAACCGUCUUGGAAGGUGAUUUGAAUUCUUCAGCCUGUAAUAUUCUCCGCUGUGCAAAGCUUUCAAGCUUUUCUUUCCAAGACCUCAAAAAGGCCUUUAAAGAGAGACUGCAAAUGGUGUGGGUAUUUAUCAUGAACCGAGUGAAUUCCCAGAGCAGUGCCUUUACUCAGCGGAGGCGAAUGGCUCUUGGAAUUGUUAUUCUCCUACUUGUGGAUGUUAUAUGGGUUGCUUCCUCAGAACUUACUUCAUAUGUUUUUACUCAGUAUAAUAAACCAUUCUUCAGCACCUUUGCAAAAACAUCAAUGUUUGUUUUAUAUCUCUUGGGCUUUAUUAUUUGGAAGCCAUGGAGGCAACAGUGCACACGAGGAUUUCGUGGAAGACAUGCAGCUUUUUUUGCAGAUGCUGAAGGUUACUUUGCUGCUUGUACUACAGAUAAUACCAUGAAUAGUUCUUUGAGUGAACCUUUGUAUGUUCCUGUGAAAUUUCAUGACUUGGCAAGUGAAAAACCUGAAAGUACAAAUGGUGAGAAUGAAAAAACACCCAAAAAGUCUCGUGUGAGAUUCAGUAAUAUUAUGGAGAUCCGACAACUUCCAUCAAGCCAUGCACUGGAAGCCAAGUUAUCGCGAAUGUCAUAUCCUGCUGUGAAAGAACAAGAGUCAAUUCUAAAAACUGUAGGGAAACUUACUGCAACUCAAGUAGCAAAAAUUAGCUUUUUCUUUUGCUUUGUGUGGUUUUUGGCAAAUUUGUCGUAUCAGGAAGCACUUUCAGACACACAAGUUGCUAUAGUUAACAUCUUGUCUUCAACUUCUGGGCUUUUUACUUUAAUCUUAGCUGCAGUGUUUCCAAGUAACAGUGGAGACAGAUUUACUCUUUCUAAACUGUUAGCUGUCAUUUUAUGCAUUGGAGGUGUUGUGCUGGUAAACCUUUCAGGGUCUGAGAAAUCUGCUGGAAAAGAUACAAUAGGUUCCAUUUGGUCUCUUAUUGGUGCCAUGCUCUAUGCUGUCUAUAUUGUUAUGAUUAAAAGAAAAGUAGACAGAGAAGAUAAAUUGGAUAUACCAAUGUUCUUUGGUUUUGUAGGUCUCUUUAAUCUGCUGCUGUUAUGGCCGGGCUUCUUUUUACUUCAUUAUACUGGAUUUGAGGCCUUUGAGUUUCCCAAUAAGUUAGUAUUAAUGUGCAUUGUCAUUAAUGGCCUAAUUGGAACAGUUCUCUCAGAGUUGCUGUGGUUAUGGGGCUGUUUUCUUACCUCAUCCCUGAUUGGCACACUUGCACUAAGCCUUACAAUACCUCUGACCAUAAUAGCUGAUAUGUGCUUGCAAAAGGUGCAAUUUUCCUGGUUAUUUUUUGCAGGUGCUGUCCCUGUAUUUUUUUCAUUUUUCAUUGUAACUCUCCUAUGCCAUUAUAAUAACUGGGAUCCAGUGAUGGUAGGAGUCAGGAGAAUUUUUGCCUUUAUCUGUAGAAAACAUCGAAUUCAGAGAGUCCCAGAAGAUAGUGAACAGUGUGAGAGCCUCAUUCCUUUGCACAGUGUUUCUCAGGAGGAUGGAACUAUCUGCUGUUCAUAAAUAAUAGCUUGAUGAUGAAGCAUUAUACAGCGAAGAGACAAUCUCCGACAAGGUUAUAUAGAAAAAAAAUAUUUCAGUGCCUACUCCAGAUUUAAAAUAAUAGUUUCAGUUCUUUGAAACUCUAAAAUACAUAUUUUCUCCUCAUUCUUGUUUUGUUGAGUUUUAUAAUGAACUAUUUUGCUACAAAUAUAUCACUACAAGUAUAGGACAUUCCAGUCCAUCUAAAGAACCAACUUGCCUUACGGAUCUCAUGGGGUUCAGUUGGUGAAAUCAUCAAGGAAGAAAAUGCUGAUGUUAAAGAGACUUUGUUUUUACAUUUUUGUUAAAUGCUGGACUGUGGGGCUAUAUGUAAGAAAUCAUUAAUGUCUGUAGAUUAGUGUUUGUUUUAGGGGAGAUGCAAAAGGCUCAGGUGCCUUGUAGGUACAGAUUAUAUUUUUGUGUUGUGUAAACCGUUGAAUAUAAACACCACAGAAAUCUAGUUUAAUUUAUGAAAUAAUACACUUUUGCAAAUCUGAGAUUGAAACAAAAUCUUUGGAACAGGAUCUUUUGUUCUCUUACACUACAUAUACUGUUAUCUUUGUAAAAUUUUUCCGUAGCAUUAUGUGCUUUGUGUGUUAUAAAUUUGACGACCCAGAGCAAGUUUUUAAAGGGGAAAUAGUAUUAUAAGAAGGAGGAUUAAGUACUUCUCAAGAUUAUUGAUAAUGUAAACUUGACUUGGUAAGCUGUGCUAUAGAUGGAAAGAAAUGGUCACUUUUCAAUGAAGAAAUUUUCAUAAUGGAAUAAUUUAGAUUGACGUGAUAUGGCCCAUUAUUAAAAUAAAAUAUUGUUUAAACUUAUUUGUAUGUAUGUGUAUUACAAAUGAGUCAAGCAGUUACUAGUUUUUCCACAAGCUUAAAUGUGUCCAUUUAUUGUAGAACUAUAAACCACCUCCUUAGUUUUGUAUUUCUAAAUAAGCUUUUAAGCAAUUAAGCGGAAUUGAGAGAGAGACCAAAAAGGGAUUCUGUCAUUUGAGGGUUUUGUUUGUUUUCGUACUUUAAUAAAAAACCCACUAAGAUAAAAUUGUACACAAAACAUUUAGCCCUUAAUGUGACUUUAGAUUCUUGAAUGUAUCUGCUAUGCAACUGCUUCUGACUCUAACCACUAUAGAUGGCAGUGAAUGAAUGAGUCUUCUGAUAUUUCCAUGCUUAUGACUAAUAAAUAACCCCAUUCCCAUUUCAAGCUUUUAAGGAAGGUAAUUUAGUUUUCAUUAAAACUACUUAACUAGAUUGACAUUUUAAAAUUCAUUUCAUAGUAAUGUUACUUUAACCUGCCUCAUUUAAGUUCUAAAACUCUUCGUGGCAGUGGGAGAAUAAGAAAAAGCUCACCCCCCAGUUCUAAACAUUAUUGUUAUGUUACUGAAAGUAUUUUUACAUCAUAAUAGUCAGACUAUUUGUUCUUUAAUGUAGCAUCAUGGGUAAAUAUUUGCCCACUUUCUCAGAACUAAUGAAAGUUCUUGGCAGCCCAAAUUAAAUUGAUUUUGGUUCUUUUUAUCAUCUUUUUAGAUUGUGUAUCUGGGGGAAAU